AUGGUGUACACAGGACCCCCGCCUGUCAAGGUGUACACAGGUCUCCCGCCUGUCACGGUGUACACAGGUCCCCCGCCUGUCAUGGUGUACACAGGUCCCCCGCCUGUCAUGGUGUACACAGGUCUCCCGCCUGUCAAGGUGUACACAGGACCCCCGCCUGUCAAGGUGUACACGGGUCUCCCGCCUGUCAUGGUGUACACAGGUCCCCCGCCUGUCAUGGUGUACACAGGUCCCCCGCCUGUCACGGUGUACACGGGUCUCCCGCCUGUCAUGGUGUACACAGGUCUCCCGCCUGUCAUAGUGUACACAGGUCUCCCGCCUGUCAUAGUGUACAGUUGUCCCCCGCCUGUCAUGGUGUACACAGGUCUCCCGCCUGUCAUAGUGUACACAGGUCUCCCGCCUGUCAUAGUGUACAGCUGUCCCCCGCCUGUCAUGGUGUACACAGGUCUCCCGCCUGUCACGGUGUACACAGGACCCCCGCCUGUCAUGGUGUACACAGGUCCCCCGCCUGUCAUGGUGAACACAGGUCCCCCGCCUGUCAUGGUGUACACAGGUCCCCCGCCUGUCAUGGUGAACACAGGUCCCCCGCCUGUCAUGGUGUACACUUGUCCCCUGCCUGUCAAGGUGUACACAGGUCCCCCGCCUGUCAUGGUGUACACAGGUCCCCCGCCUGUCAUGGUGUACACAGGUCCCCCGCCUGUCAUGGUGUACACAGGUCCCCCGCCUGUCAUGGUGUACACUUGUCUCCCGCCUGUCAUGGUGUACACAGGUCUCCCGCCUGUCACGGUGUACACAGGUCCCCCGCCUGUCAUGGUGUACACAGGUCUCCCGCCUGUCAUGGUGUACACUUGUCCCCCGCCUGUCAAGGUGUACACAGGUCUCCCGCCUGUCAUGGUGUACACAGGUCUCCCGCCUGUCAUGGUGUACACAGGUCCCCCGCCUGUCAUGGUGUACACAGGUCCCCCGCCUGUCAUGGUGUACACAGGAGGCGAGAGGAAAGAAGACGAGGAAGAUGAGGAGGAUGAGAGGAAAGAAGACGAGGAAGAUGAGGAGGAUGAGAGGAAAGAAGACGAGGAAAAUGAGGAGGAUGAGGGAGAUGAGAAGGAAGAUGAGGAGAAGGAAGAUAAGGAGGAUGAGGAGAAGGAGGAGGAGCGGGGGGAAUUAUGA